AUGACUACAGUUCGGGCUUUUCUUGCAAUUGCGGCCUCCAAAAACUGCGAACUUCAUCAAAUGGAUGUGCAUAAUGCCUUUUUACAUGGUGAUCUUGAUAAGGAGGUGUACGUGAAACUUCCUCCUGGAUUUGAAAGUUCGGAUCCGUCAUUGGACCUUGGUCCCUUGAAGUAUUUUUUGGGCAUAGAAGUGGCUCGUAGCUGUGCAGGGAUAUUUCCUUGCCAACGCAAGUAUAAUUUGGAUAUUAUUUCUGAAGCAGGUUUGUUGGGGGCAAAACCGAGUGGUUUUCCCAUUGAGCAAAACCACAAGCUCGGUCUUGCUACAGUUCAUAUCUUGUCUCAGUUUAUGCACGAACCUCGCAGUGAACAUUGGGAAGCGGCUCUGCGAGUCGUUCGUUAUUUGAAACGUACCCCGGGUCAGGGUAUUUUGUUGAGUGCAGACAAUGAUCUAACCUUGCAAGGUUGGUGUGAUUCAGAUUGGGCGGCUUGUCCUCUUACUCAUCGUUCUUUAUCAGGUUGGUUGGUGUUUCUUGGACAUUCGCCUAUUUCUUGA